CCCUUCUCCUCUUCUUAUCCUAUUUAUCUCCUCUCCUUUUCUUCUCCUUCUCUUCCUUCGCGUCGAAGGAACCGAAGGUUUCGCGUUCAAGAGCUCAGAAAAGUCCCUCCUUCCGAACGUCCUGACCGUUCUUGAUCUCAUCUCCUCUCCUCGGGUCUCCGAUCACAUGGGGAAACGGGGUCGGAGCAGGCGGCCGCGUAGCCAGCGGACUCGCUUCACGAGGUCCGAGAUCAGGCAGAUGGAGAAUUUACUCGAGAAAAAAGAUGUAGAGCAGGAAUUCCUUCAGAAGCUUACCGAAGAAUUGAAUGUUGCUUCAGGUCGAACGGGAAGCAGCACUAUACAGAUGAAACAGGUGGAGAAGUGGUUCCAGAGCAGGAAGAAACAUCAAGCAAAUGAUGUUACGUCCUCACCUAGUUCUCCAAAAGAACUCAUUAACAGUGCACCUGAAAGUUCUUCAGAUAUUGCUAAAGAUACAGGAGAGAAUAUUUCUGAUGAAACAGAGUUGGAGUUUGAAGCUAGAUCAUCAACAGAUGGGGCAUGGUAUGAUGUUGCUACUUUCCUCAUGCACAGAGUUCUUAGUUCUGGUGAACUUGAAGUUCAUGUGAGAUAUCAAGGAUUUGAUGCCGAGGAGGAUGAGUGGGUGAAUGUCAAGAAAGCAGUCCGAGAGCGCUCAAUUCCUCUUGAGUCUUCUGAAUGUCUGAAGGUUGCAGUAGGGGAUCCUGUUCUCUGUUUUCGGGAAACCAGCGAACAAGCUGCAUACUAUGAUGCACAUGUCGUAGAAAUCCAAAGGAAAAUGCAUGAUAUAAGGGGCUGCAGGUGUCUCUUCCAGAUCCGAUAUGAUCAUGAUCAAACUGAGGAAAAAGUUAAUUUAAGAAGCCUCUGCCGGAGGCCGACAAAUUGAUCCCAAGGUUUUGUUUACAUGUUACCGAUGAGGCAAAGAUUUCACGUCAGCUGAUCUUCCUGAAUCAGAUAUGGGCCAUCAUGACACCCAAGACUGCAAGGAAUUGUAUUUUGACUUGGUGACAGAUGAUCGUACUUUUAUAAUUUUUCUUUCGUUGAUCAUAUGCUAGCAAUAUUACAACGUGAGGUCAACUUACAACGGGGAUGCAGCUUAAUCGAUGAUAAUGUUCCUAGGCA